AUGCCGGGUGCAGCAUCUGCACAUGAGGCGGCAGCUGCUCCGCAGCAGUGCAGCAGCCUGGGGGAUGAGGAUGACACACAGUUGGAGCAGAUGGAGGCUCGAUAUGUGCACAGCGUGUAUGACAUCAUUGCCACCCACUUCAGCGCCACACGCUUUGCCAUCUGGCCCAAGGUGAAGGCAUUCCUGCAGUCGCUGCCGUCUGGGGCUCUGCUGGCGGACGUGGGUUGUGGCAAUGGCAAAUACUUUGGCGUGCGCCCAGAUGUGGCCGUGCUGGGCUCUGACCGCAGCCCCAACUUGGCAGAGACAGCUGCUCGAAGGUUGCGGCCGAUGGCGACGGCGGCUGUGCCCGGCCCCCUGACACGCUGCGAUGUUGCAGUGGCGGACGGGCUACAUCUGCCCUACAGAUCAGGCGCUCUGGACGCGGUGGUAUGCAUAGCGGUGCUGCACCAUAUCAGCAGCGAGACGCGGCGGGUGCGGCUGCUGCGUGAGCUGGCACGCGUGCUGCGGCCGGGCGGCCGCGCGCUCGUCACCGUGUGGGCCUCCCAGCAGGAGGAGCCCGGCAAGCUGCAGAAGUGGGAGCCCAUCCCCUCAGCAGAGAGUGCACCGGAUGGGCGGAUAGACAGGGCCAAGGGAACAGUGGUGUUCAAGCGAUACUACCACCUAUUUGAUGAGGGCGAGCUGAAUUCUCUGGUGCUGCAAGUGCCUGGAGUGAGCAUAUCCGAUUCCUUCUAUGACAAGAGCAAUUGGUGUGUGAUCUUUGAAAGAACCGCAUAA